UAUUCUGCGCCCUUUGGUUUAUACGCAUCCGCUUGGUCAACAAAACCUGAUCAUCAUUUAAAAUUUCGUUUAGCAGUUGGAAGUUUUAUUGAAGAAUAUAACAAUAAAGUUUCAAUAGUUCAACUACAAGAAGAACAAGGAGAAUUUGCACAUAUUGGGACAUUCGAACAUCCGUAAAUUUUUUUCCUCUUUUUUUUAUUAAAUUUUAUGCCCAACUUCCCCAAUUUUUCUUCUUCUAGUUAUCCAGCAACCAAAGUUUUGUGGAUUCCUGACCCUAAAGGAAAUUACCCAGAUUUAUUAGCUACAACAGGCGAUUAUUUGAGGCUUUGGCGUGCCAGUGGAGGAAUUCAAAAUAAUGGAAUUUCUUUGGAAGUUAGACUUGAUAAUAAUCGUUCAUCAGAAUAUUGUGCACCUUUGACAUCAGCAGAUUGGAAUGAAAUAGAUGUUUCUUUGAUAGCAACAUCAAGUAUUGACACAACUUGUACAAUUUGGCAAAUUGAGACAGGCCAAGCAAUAACAACAACAGAACGUGCAAUAGAAGGAAAUGUUAAAACACAAUUAAUUGCACAUGACAAAGAAGUUUUUGAUGUUGAAUUUUCUAAACUUUCUUCUGGGAGGGAUAUUUUUGCAUCUGCUGGUAAAUUAAUUUUUAGAAUUAGUAUUUUAUUUUAG